AUGUCUACAAAGGACCUUGACAGCGAUGGAGGGAUGGACAGUCUUCAAGCUUCGCUUCCGGAGCUCAAAGUCCUCAGGUUUGAAGAGAUCAUACCGAUAGACGAGGAAGACGAUCCUGCCUUGACGCUCGUAGGCGCCCACGAAGCCCUUCGAGAUUGUCCGUUACUCGAACAUCUUUCCCUUCGAUGCGAUGUUCUCCAUGUCCCCAAGCAGGUCGACAUUCGAGCCAUUGCACUAGACACGUUGCAUCCGAUCAGUCGUCUACGUUCAUGGAAUUUUGGAGCAUACCCUAUCAAGAAUGGGCGCUGGGCCAGUGUCUGGCUGUGCACUACCCCGCGCUGGAAGAGAUUGGGUAUUUCGGGCCUGAAUGAAGUGGACUUUGGGGAGAAAGUGGACCGUAUAGCAAUGUAUAUUCGAGCCCUUCUCUUGUAUUUGCGCGGCAACUAA